AUGGCGGUCUCUAGAGUUCUUAGUUUAAAUGGGCAAUUUAACUUGUUAUCUUUGGCAACUAAAAGAGCACCCUUGCUUUACCAAAAUCAAACAUUAUGGACAAAAGACACAAGCAAAAAAGAAAAGCAAGAACAAUUAAGUGUUGUACCUGUCUGUAACCAGAGUACAGCUCCAGCCCCAGUUAAACGUCAGAAAUAUUCACCUUUUCAAAAUCCAAGUGAUAAAGUUGAUUUUGUUCUUGCUAGGCUUGAUGACUUGUUGAAUUGGGGUAGAAAGUGUUCCCUAUGGCCACUGACUUUUGGCUUAGCUUGUUGUGCAGUAGAAAUGAUGCACAUUGCUGCACCCAGAUACGAUAUGGAUCGUUUUGGUGUGGUAUUUCGUGCUAGUCCCCGUCAAGCAGAUGUUAUUAUUGUUGCAGGAACUCUAACUAAUAAAAUGGCACCAGCUCUUCGAAAGGUUUAUGAUCAAAUGCCAGAACCUCGAUGGGUGAUCUCAAUGGGAAGCUGUGCAAAUGGAGGCGGUUAUUACCAUUAUUCCUAUGCUGUAGUACGUGGAUGUGAUAGAGUUAUACCAGUUGAUAUUUAUGUACCAGGUUGCCCACCAACUGCUGAGGCCCUGCUUUAUGGUAUUCUUCAACUACAAAAGAAAAUCAAGCGUAUGAAUACUUUACAAAUGUGGUACAGAAAAUAA